CUGCGACGUCACAGCAGCCGCUCCGCGAGCCACACUUCCGCAUCCCGUCUGCAGACGUUUGUCCUCCUCCUAAGUUCGGUGGUGUUGGGUUGUGCUCCUCGCUCUCGGUCGGAUGUCGGACAUGGAGGAAAUGCUAUCAUUCAGGGAUGUGGCCAUUGAUUUCUCUGCAGAGGAAUGGGAAUGCUUGGACCUUGCUCAGUGGAAUCUGUACAGGGAUGUGAUGUUGGAAAAUUACAGCAACCUGGUGUUUCUGGGUCUUGCUUCCUGUAAGCCAUACCUGGUCACAUUUCUAGAGCAAAGGCCAGGGCCUUCAGAUGUGAAAAGACAAGCAGCUGCGACCUUGCACCCAGGGGGAACACCCUAUAAAUGUCAAGAAUUUGACAAGGCCUUUGAUUGGAACUCAGUUCUCAUUCAACACCAGAGAAUUCAUCCUGUGGAGAAGCCCUACAAAUGUGAAGAAUGUGGUAAGGUCUUUAGCGCUCACUCGGCACUUUCUAUCCACCAGAGGAUUCAUACAGGAGAGAGACCCUACAAAUGUGAGGAAUGUAGCAAGGCCUUUAGUACUCGCUCAGCACUUUAUAUCCACAAGAAAAUCCACUCUGGAGAAAAGCCCUACAAGUGUGAGGAGUGUGCAAAAGCAUUUUAUUUCCCUUCAUUGCUCAAGCAACAUCAAAGAACUCAUUCUGCAGAGAAUCUCUGCAAGUGUGAGGAAUGUGGCAAAGCCUUUUAUUUACCUUCAUUCCUUAAACAACAUCAGAGAAUUCACUCUGCAGAAAAUCCUUACAGGUGUGAAGAAUGCGGCAAAGCCUUUUCCUACCCCUCAACCCUAAAGCAGCAUCAAAGAAUUCACUCUGGAGAGAAACCAUACCGUUGCAAUGAAUGCGGCAAAGCCUUUCGUAGGUCCACAUACUUUCACCAACACCAAAGAAUUCACACCGGAGAGAAACCCUACCAGUGUGAAGAGUGUGGGAAGACGUUUUACUACCGUUCAAACCUGAAGGGACACCAAAUUAUUCAUUCUGGAGUGAAACCCUUCAAGUGUGAAGUCUGUGGCAGCAUGUUCAGAACGAGCUCAGAUCUUUCUAAGCACCAGAGGAUCCACGCAGAAGUGAAGCUCUACAGUUGCGAGGAAUGCGGAAAAGCUUUCUCUACUCACUCAUAUCUCAUUCGGCACAAAUUAGGCCAUUCGAGAGAAAAGCCAUACAAGUGUGAAGAAUGUGGCAAAACAUUUUGUUAUCCUUCGAUCCUUAAGGAGCAUCAAAGAAUUCACUCCGGCGUGAAGCCCUACAGCUGUGAAAUAUGUGGCAGUAUGUUUAGAACUCGCUCAGAACUUUCUAAACACCAGAGAAUCCACGCCGAGGUGAAACUCUACAGUUGUGAGGAGUGUGGAAAGGCCUUUUCUACUCAUUCGUAUCUCAUGCGGCACAGACUUGGUCACUCUGGAGAGAAACCCUACAAAUGUGAAGAGUGCGGGAAAUCAUAUAGCUACCCUUCACUCCUUAAGGAACAUCAAAGAAUUCAUUCUCAAAAUCCCUACAAGUGUGAAGUAUGUGGAAAGGUCUUUUGUACUCGCUCAGGACGUUCUAAACACCAGAGAAUUCAUACUGGAGAGAAGCCCUACAAAUGUGAAGAGUGUGGCAAAGGUUUCUCUACUCAUUCAUACCUUACUCUGCACAAAUUACUCCAUACUGAAGAGAAACCUUACAAAUGGGAAGAAUGGGAGAACCCCUACAAAUGUGAAGAAUGUGGUAAAGCGUUUCGUAUGCGCUCAAGACUUUCUGUACACCAGAAAAUUCAUACUGGAGAAAAACCCUACAAAUGUGAAGAAUGUGGCAAGGCCUUUAAUACUCACACAAAACUUUCUGUACACCUGAGAAUUCACACUGGAGAAAAACCUUACAAGUGUGAAGAAUGUGGUAAGGCCUUUAGUACUCACUCAACACGCUAUAGACACCGGAAAAAUCAUACUGGAGAAAAACCCUACAAGUGUAAAGAAUGUGACAAAGUAUUUUCCUACCCUUCAUUGCUUAAGGUACACCAAAGAAUUCAUUCUGCAGAGAAAUCCUACAAGUGUGAAGAAUGUGGGAAAUUAUUUUACUGUCCUUCGUUGCUUAAGAAACACCAAAUAAUUCAUUCUGCAGAAAAGCCCUACAAGUGUCCAGAAUGUGGCAAAGCCUUUCACUAUCCCUCAUUGCUUAAGCGGCAUCAAAGAAUCCACACUGGGAAGAAGCCCUACAAGUGCGCAGACUGCGACAAGGCAUUUUACUCUUCGGCAUUCCUGAAGCGGCAUCAAAGAAUUCACUCUGAAGAGAAUUCCUACAAGUGUGAAGAAUGUGGCAAACGGUUUUACUCUUUUGCACACCUUCAGGAUCACCAACGAUUUCAUUCUGGAGAGAAACCAUACAAAUGUGAAGAAUGUGGAAAAACAUUUUCUACUCUCUCAUACCUUCCUUGGCACAAAUUACGUCAUUCAGGGGAGAAGUCUUACAAAUGUGAAAUAUGUGGCAAGAUGUUUUACUCUACAUUAGACCUUAAAAAACACAAAAAAAUUCAUACUUAUAAGUGUGGGGAAUGUCACUAUGCCUUUCCAAAUUACUCAGCCCUCACUGAACACCAGAGAGUUCAUACUGGAGAGAAACCACACAUAUGUGAACAAUGUGGAAAAAUCUUUUCUAGACUUGAUAGCCUCAAUCAGCACCAGAUUGUUCAUACUGGAGAGAAACCCUAUAAAUGUGAAAAGUGUGACAAGAGUUUUUUCCGAUCUUCCUCCCUUAGAAGACAUCAAGGGACUCAUUCUUAAUAGAAAUUUGACAAGUAUGUACAAUGGGAUAAAAAUCUUUCUAAAUAGUCAUACCUUAUCCGAGACAAAUGAAUCCGUUGAGUAGAGAAGUCAGGCACAUGGGAAGAAUGAUGAGUGCCUUACCACUCAGUCAAUACGUUCCACCAACAAUAAAGUUCAUUCUGGAGAGAAAAAGCCCAA